GUCGACGACAAGGCGGAGGAGCCCGGCCGGCAUGGAGGGGCGCGCGAGCUCACGUCGCGGCGUGCUGCUGUUCUUGCUCGUCGGCGUGGCUUCGGCCAAUCCUGACGGGCUACUACCAAACGGCAACUUCGAGCAAGGUCCAGACAAGUACCAGAUGAACGGGACCUGGGUGAUUGGCCGCAAAUCCAUACCCUGCUGGGAGAUCUCAGGGUUCGUGGAGUACAUCGUGUCCGGGCAGCAGCAGGACAACGGCAUGGUCGUGGCGGUGCCCGAGGGCGCACGGGCCGUGCGGCUGGGCAACGACGCGAGCAUCCGGCAGCGGCUUACAGGGAUGACCCGGGGCACGUCCUACUCCGUCACCUUCAGCGCGUCGCGCACCUGCGCCCAGGCCGAGCAGCUGAACGUGUCGGUCGCCCCGGAGUCCGGCGUCCUCCCCAUCCAGACCGUGUACACCAGCAGCGGGUGGGACUCCUACUCCUACGCCUUCAGGGCCAGGCACUCCGCCGCGUGGCUCGUCAUCCACAACCCCGGCGUCGAGGAGGACCCGGCGUGCGGCCCCGUCAUCGACUCCGUUGCCAUCAAGGCACUCCACCCUCCCAGUCGCACCGCCAAGGACAAUAUGCUGAAAAACGGAGACUUCGAGGAGGGCCCGUACGUGUUCCCGGACACCCCGUGGGGCGUGCUGGUGCCGCCGAUGGACGAGGACGACGUGUCCCCGCUGCCGGGGUGGACGGUCAUGUCCGACACCAAGGCCGUCAAGUACCUCGACGCGGCGCACUUCGCCGUGCCGCGCGGCUCGCGCGCCGUGGAGCUGGUGGCCGGCACGGAGGCCGCGCUGGUGCAGGAGGUGCGGACGACACCCGGGCGGUCCUACACGCUGUCCUUCUCCGCCGGGGACGCGGCCGACGGGUGCGCGGGCGCCCUGCGCGUGGACGCGUACGCGGCGCGGGGCAGGCUGCCGGUCUCGUACGAGUCCCGCGGCACGGGCGGGUUCGUGCGCAACGAGCUGGAGUUCGCCGCGGUGGCGAACCUCACCCGCGUCGUCUUCCAGAGCAUGGGCCACUACAUGAAGCCCGACGGGACGCUCUGCGGGCCGGUCGUCGACGAUGUCUCCCUAGUCGCCGUGCACAAACACGCUGCCCGCCGGUUGUUCAUGUAGUCCGUUUCCCCGCGUGCAGUGUCAGUACAACCAUGUACCAGCUUUGACCCGAGAAACUAACAAGCCCCGAACCACAGAACUUUUCAUUGUUC